CUCUCUUGGUCGCCCCUUACAUAAAUCCUUCGAAAUCAUGUCGCUUACCUGCGUCCUCGGAUAUGUUGUUGGCAUAUGCACUGGGCAGCAGCUUUUAGAAAAAGCACUGCGCCUUCUAUCGAGCCUUGCGCCAUAUGUACCUCUUGCUGGGGCUGGAGGAUGUCUCAGAGUGCGGGGAGAUGGAUUUGUCGGGCACAUCACAUGUAUUUGUGGAGAGUCCAGGACUAGCACAACCACGCCGCUUGAAAAAUCACCGCGUAGUCCUCAAUUGUGGUCAAGUUUUCCUGUUAAAGGAUGUCUCAUAAGACUCUGUCAGCCUCCCAUCGCGUCCUUCUCGCAAACAAGGUCAGGUCGCCCUAUCUCACUACAGUUUACUGAAGUCUAUCCUGGACACAACACCGCUCCUUUGACAUCUAGUCUUCAAGAUGACCACAAAAUUAUUCUACCUUCCACCGGAGAUCCUGCUGAAGAUCCUUGAGGCGCUGCCUGUAACGCCGCUCCUUCGGUUCGCACAAACAUCCCAAUACGCCCGCAACCUAGCCCACUCGAAUCUCACAAGCCUCUCCCUCGCUAUCCACCCAUCUCACCGAAAGUCAUGGCACAGCAAGCUACUUGCGACCUCUCAUAAGCCGAAACACGCUCUGAACGCCGUAAUCCGGAUACCGCGGGCAUGGGAGUUUGACUAUUCGACCUUAAUCAAAUUCCACGACAAAAUCAUUGCCAGCAUAUUGACACGCCAUGCGUGCGCGCUUCAGAAGCUCGAUCUCACCAUAUGGCGACUUUCGAAGCCUAUAGCAAAGGCCAUCAUAAAGCUUCCAGCACUGCGAGAACUCAGCAUCCGUAUCGAGACUCACCAGGCCAUACCGCGCGCGCACACGACACUGCAGCGAAAAGAAGAGGUCGAAGCAUGGUCCAUUCUUGCCUCCAAUCCGGGCUUCAUAGCCAGCGUCAACGUCCUUGCCAUCGCAAACGCCGAAAUCACCACCGGUCAGCUCCAGGAAUUGAUCACUGGGGCUGGGCGGCUCAGGGGCUUGACGCUGUGCAGUUGCGAUAUGCUGACCAGCACGCUCUGGUCCUCCGAGAAUCUGCGCAUGCUACACCAUCUCAGCCUCACGGACUGUGGAAACGUACACGUCAACGAGACCGCGGUGGGGGCAAUAAGCAAGAUGGAGAGAUUGCAGGAGCUGAACUUGCGUGGGUGCAGUGGACUGGACGGCGAGGUACUCGAGCAGUGGAACAGGGGUGUUUGGCGUGUCCCCGUGUUUGUGGCACCGAGUCCAAGGGGCGCACUCAAAGAGGAUAUGUUCAUCGAGGUGGAUCCGGAGUAUAUGAUUGAUUUUGAGGAUUGAUUGUUCUAUGUUCUAUGUUCUUUUUUUACUUCGUGAGCGCCUCCUACUUGUCGCGUAGUGAUGCGAGACUUAAUGCGCUGCUAAUCGUUUUCGAGUACCUUGUU